UAGCAGUAGCCGUAGGCAGAGUGUGUGAUGCUGUGAGAAGCGACGGAAGUGAAAACCAGCUAGCAGAUUAGAGUGUUAAGUAAACAUGUCGGGAAGAGGCCGAGCACGAGCGCGUGGUAGAGCACGAGGGGCUUCUGAAGAUCAAGCUAGACGCCCAGGAGAACAGGCCCCGCCAUCAAGGGAGCAACAACCUUCCUCAGCCCCUGCCCCCGCUCCGGCAGGUGGUCCCCCAGCAGCUAGUGGGAGAGCGUCUUACAGAGGUGGUGCCAAGGAGCCACGGCCCGGUAUUGCUACAGGAACAGGUGAUGUGCCGGCAGAGGCAUUAGCGAAAAUGGCUAUUGGUACAAGAGAUGCAGGGGAGAGAAGGAUAGACUACUAUAGCGACCCAGAAUGCAAGCCCGCGUGGCUUACAGAUAAAAGAGGAACAUCGGGAAUACAGUUACCUGUAGUCACAAACUACUUCAAGCUUGAAAUGGCACCUGACUGGCAUCUCUACCAGUACCAUGUGGAUUUCAACCCUCCUGUUGACUCCAGAAAAAUGCGCAUGGCUCUAUUAAUGACCCAUGAAAAUUUACUUGGGAAGACGAAAGCUUUUGAUGGGAUGAUCCUGUACUUGCCAAAACGUCUUCAGGAUCAGGUGACAGAGGUGUACAGUCAGAGGAAGACAGAUGACGCCCAAAUAAGAAUUACAAUCACACUGACCAAUGAGCUACCCCCUUCCUCACCCCAAGUCAUGCAGGUCUACAACAUCAUAUUCAGAAGGGUACUGGCCAUGAUUGAAAUGAAGCAGAUUGGUCGUAAUUACUUCAAUCCCACUCUGUCGGUUGACAUUCCACAACACAAACUGACUGUCAUGCCCGGGUUUGUAACAGCCAUUGCUAAGUAUGAGACUGACACCUUGUUAUGUGCAGACAUCAGUCAUAAAAUCAUCAGAUCUGAUACAUUACUGGAUCUGAUGUACGACAUGUACAACCAAAGCAAAGGGGAUAGUUUCUACGAUGAUUGUGUCCGAAAGUUUGUUGGCUCUAUUGUUCUAACAAGGUAUAACAAUAAGACCUACCGUGUAGAUGACUUUGACUGGGACAAGAGGCCAGAUUUUGCCUUCAAGCUGAGGAAUGAUGUCUCCAUUACUUUAGCUGAAUAUUACAAGAAGAACUACAACAUAGAAGUUAGGGACAUGAACCAGCCUCUGGUAGUAUCAAGACCCAAGAAAAAGGACAUCAGAAUGGGACGUACAGAACCCAUCUUCCUUCUACCAGAACUCUGUACUCUCACAGGACUGACUGAUGAGGCCAGGGCUGACUUUAAUGUCAUGAAAGAUGUAGGUGCUCACACCAGAGUUGCUCCAGAGGGAAGAAAUAAAACAUUACAAGGCUUUAUUGACCAAAUCAACAAGAAUGAGAAAGUGCGAGCAGAGAUGGGAGGAUGGGGACUAAGGUUUUCUCAGAAUCUGCUGAACGUGAAUGCUCACAUCGCUCCCCAGGAGAAAAUCUAUCAGAAAGGAGGGGCCGAGUUGAGUUACAGACAGGAAGACGCAGACUGGAGCAGAGACAUGAGAGGGAAGAAGUUGAUCACCCCAGUGAAUCUGGAGAACUGGGUCAUCGUGUUUACGCGGAGAAACAGUCCCCAGGCUCAGGACCUGGUCCAGACCCUCAGCCGAGUCGGCCCGCCCAUGGGAAUGCAAAUCAACUCUCCCACAAUUUGUGAGUUGCCAGAUGAUAGGAAUGACAGCUAUCUUACUGCACUAAAGCAAUACGUAACCCCACAGACACAGUUGGCCUUGACCAUUUUGCCUACAAAUCGUAAGGAUCGGUAUGACGCCAUUAAGAAAUUUUGCUGUGUUGACCAUCCAGUACCAAGUCAGUGUGUUGUACAGAGAACUCUCUCGAAAAAACAGAUGUUGAUGUCUGUGGCAACCAAAAUUGCCAUUCAACUGAAUUGUAAGCUAGGAGGAGAAGUAUGGUGUCUGGAAAUUCCUCUCAAGAACCUUAUGGUGGUUGGGAUAGAUUCUUACCAUGAUUCUAGUAAGAAGGGCCGCUCCGUUGGGGGAGUGAUUGCUUCCAUGAAUCAAGCUCUAACUCGAUACUACUCUCGCUGCACCUUUCAACACUCCAUGCAAGAGCUGAUGGAUGGUUUGAAAGUGUGCAUGAAAGGGGCAUUGGAGAAAUAUCAUGAGGUGAAUGGUGCCCUGCCUGAGAGGAUCAUUGUAUUCCGUGACGGAGUGGGUGACGGGCAGCUGAGGGCGGUGUACGAACACGAGGUACCACAGCUCAACGAGUGCUUCAAGAGAAGUGGUGGACAAGAUUACAAUCCCAAGGUAGCAGUGGUGGUUGUAAAGAAGAGAAUCAACACAAGGUUCUUUGCCAAGUCUGGUCCAUCUCUGACCAAUCCCCCACCAGGAACUAUUGUGGACACCCAGGUCACCAAACCCAUCUGGUACGACUUCUUCCUGGUGUCUCAGUCGGUCAGACAGGGUACAGUGACCCCCACCCACUACAACGUGAUCUGGGAUUCAACGGGCCUCAAACCGGACCAUAUGCAAAGACUUGCGUAUAAAAUGACGCACUUGUAUUAUAAUUGGCCGGGGACCAUCCGUGUACCAGCACCGUGUCAGUACGCCCACAAGCUGGCUUUCUUGGUGGGACAGUCAAUUCACAAGGACCCUCACAUGUCACUGUCAGAUCGUCUGUACUUCCUGUAAGCUUGUAAGUUCAGCACAUGAUCAAUUGUUGAAUUGAUCUAAUGGAAGAUCAUGAAUCCAGGGUAGAGUGACAAGAAAGGUUGUUGACUGUUGCGACGAAAAGUCAUAAACGGAGGUGUAAGCAAUGAAAGUAGUGUAGACAAAAGUGAUAUAGAGUGAAGAACAGUUAAGUGCAAUUCCGAUGGAAGAAGAUAGACAGACGAGGAUGGAAGGAUAAAGAACUUCCUCUUCCAAGGAAAAGAAGACUGGAUAUUGAUCAAGAAGAUAUAUUUCUGAAAUCAAAACAUACCUCAAAUAUAUUACAUGUACCAUUAUGUGUUCAUAAAUUUUAGUUUUUACCUAUGUAGAAGUAGAUGCCAUGUAUAUGUAGUAUGUUUUGUUUUACUUGAUUAUGCAGGAGAGAUUUAACCACUGUUAUCGUGAAUGUUAAUCCUUAUGAUGGUUUGGUGCUUGCCCAUAUGGACAGUAGCAUGUUACCGUUAGUAGGAAAAGAUAAUAAUUUUUAAGCUUUGAUUUUAUGCAAGUCGUAAUAUUUUUUGUUCCAAAUGUCCAAUUUUUGCUUUUUGAAUGGAGAAAAAAAAACAUACAAAGUGUAAAGUAAAUAGCUAACACAUCAAAAAAAUCAUUGGCAUUAUUUCAUGUGUCAUUUUUCAUAGGGCGAAUCAGAUGUGCAAUGUUUGACGGAUAUAUUUUUUUUAUUGUUCUUCAAUAAAAAGUUAAGUUCUU